ACGCGAGCGUUCAUUGGACAAAGCUAAGUUGUGGGAACGCUAGCGUCGCGUUUUGCAUCGACGCACAAAUCAGACUCGAGAGUAAGGUUAUGUUUUCAACGGCUCUACUCUGCUAGCAGCUGUUGCUUAGAAUAUGAUUCAAGCAGUAAAAUGAUCACAAUAGCCAUAUUUUCUAAAUAACACAAUGGAAAAGAAGAGUUACAUUAAACGCGUCCAUUCCCUCAGAGGGGAACCUCAUCACGUUGUUGUUGAUUCCCCUCAGGACACAAUUUACCGUAACACUACUUGCGCUGUCGUCUUCGAUCAGGAAGAGGAACUGGAUUCUGUCGGUAAAGCGAACUUCAUAGUGUGUGGGUCUUCUCUUGUCUUUAAAAAUCACGAACGCAAGCUACCAUGACACAUUUAAGACUGCUCCCUCUGGUUUGGACUUUGUGGGCUGUUUCUCUCGCCGAUGGCACGAGCAAUAUGACCACCGCCACUAAACCACCCGCACUCAAGAGCACUUCCAGCAUCAGUAACGUUACAGAAGCGCCUCGGAAACAUGUCACCACCGCCAGCUCAAAAAUGAGCUUCAAUCUGGACGGCGCGAUGAUAAACAGGGCUCUGUAUGUUCUGAUCGGGAUCACGGCCAUCGGAGUUCUGUAUUUCUUAGUGAGAGCUGUCCGUCUGAAGAAAUCAGGUGUUCAGAGGAAGAAAUACGGGCUCCUGUCAAACUACGACGACACAAUGGAAAUGGCCCACCUGGAAAGCGACGAGGACGAUACCACUGUUUACGAAGCGAAAUCUUUGAGAAGAUGAAUGAAUGUCUGGGGGUGUUUGAUACUGCCAGAAAUAUAAUAUGAUGAAGACAAUCCACCAAUUAUUUCCGCCAAAAUGGUUGUUGAAUGAUUUUGUUGUCAUUUUCUACAACCAUGAGAGGACCUAGUCAGGAUGCUUGGAUGCCUUUUCCCAAGAUUAAGUGGAAUGUGUAGGUUUAAACUAGAUUUUGGACUGAUAUGACCAAAUAGAUCUUCUUGGAAAUUUCUUGGAAGGUCAUAAAUCGUUUUGUGGCGGCAGGUCAAAACUGUGUUUUGUGCCAAAGUUACUUAUGCAUAAUUUUUAGGGGUUUGAAACUCUUGUCUGAGUUGACGUGUGUUAAUAAUUAAUAUUGAAAAAGAUUGCCCCUCAUUUCAAAUCCACCAACACUGAAAGGCCUGAAAGAUGUUUGCUAAUUUAUGGGACUAUUAUAUUGUUUGGACUAUGAAUUUGUCUUUUUUUUUUUUUUUUUAGGUGUACUGUCAAAUUACGAUAUAUAUUAUGUUGUUUUUUUAAAUGUUUUCUUUCAAAUAUCCUUGCGUUUUUGUUCUGUUCUUUUCUUUGUCUUUCUUUUAUUACUAUACUGUCCGGGACUGUACUGGGUAUUGAUUUCAGAUGUGAAUUCUGGGAUAAGUGUGAUAAAUUCACGGAUUCCGUUUGUAUGAUUCUGCCAAAUACCAGCAUAUGUAAGAGAUGCACUUUGAUUUUUAGGGUUUAGAAACUACAACAGCAAAACAUGGUAUUUUAUGACAUGGCGACACUCCUGACCACUCAUUGUACCAUUUCAAGAUUUUUUGCAUAAAUAAAAGGAAUUACAUUUUUAGAGACUAAACUUUCCCACACAAUGUUGGUUCCAAAUGUAGAUGUGCUUCUGCGUUUAGUGUUACUCAGCAUGUUAACUGAGGUUUUGCGAGUCUCAACCUGCACAUUUAUUUAUUUUUUUUAACAAUGGGUGUGAUUCUGCAUUGUGUAAUGGUAACAGUUUAAUGUGCUGUGAAAACAGCAAGCCAUCUUGAGGUAUAUGGAUCCAAUAUCAGCAUUCUCAGAUUUCCAACUUGAACAUUUAAGGGGUGUGUAUGACGGCGUUGAUGACAUGGUAUUCUUUGAAAUACAUUCACUGAUUAUUGAUGCUGUCAAAUAUUGUCAAACUGAAAUGCAUGAAGUGUCACUGUAUCAAUAUUUAAUGUACAUAAUUUAAAUGAUUUCUGAAAUGUGCCUUUCAUUCCUUCCCUUUUUGUAAUUGCAUUUGAUUAGAUGUGAUUUGGGCUCUUUUGUAAUUAAAUUCUCUUCUCUAUUUUCA